ACGCAUGCCGCCCAGUUCAAUUUGCUCAUUUCUUUUUACUGCGGUCCUUUUCCGUAGACCUCUGCCAAAGCAGUGAAGAUGUUGAUGCCCAAGACGAGCCGUGUUGCCAUCUACGAGAACCUCUUCAAAGAGGGUGUGGUCGUAGCUAAGAAAGACUUCUACGCCCCCAAACAUCAUGAGCUUGAGAACGUCCCAAACCUUCAUGUCAUCAAGGCUUGUCAGUCUCUGAAAUCCCGUGGGUACGUCAAGGAGCAGUUUGCCUGGCGUCACUACUACUGGUACCUGACCAACGAAGGCAUCCAAUACCUCAGGGACUACCUCCAUCUCCCACCAGAGAUUGUCCCAGCUACCCUGAAACGUCAGCCCCGUACUGAGACCGCCAGACCCAAGCCUAGGGCCAUGGAGGGACGUCCUGAGAGGGGUGGACCCCCAUCAGAUGGGCAGAGGCAGGAGUACAGACGUGGACCAGGAGGACCAGACAAGAAGGGUGAUGCUGGCGCCGGAGCCACCCAAGACUUCCAAUUCAAAGGAGGCUUUGGACGAGGGAGGUCACAGCAGCCACAGUAAGCUAGCUGCAGCAGGAUAGAUGAUCAUUGUUCAAUAAAGUGAUAUGUAAAUUAAUGUGACCACAACAA